UGCGGGACCAGUCGCAUCACUUAGGCCUCGGAGAAUGCUGAAGCCACUGAACUUUCUGCUGAUCCCUCUGCUGCUGGCCGGGGCAGUGGACAAGGACAAUCCCGAGAAAGGGGGCAAUAAGGGCAAUUUCCUGGAGGAUGAGCAAUGGCUGUCUGGAGUCUCUCAGUACAGCCGGCAGAUCAAAGACUGGAACCGCUUCAGAGACGAAGUGGAGGAUGACUACAUUCGAAACUGGGAUCAGAAGACCUUUGAUGAAGCACUAGAUCCCACCAAGGACCCAUGUCAAAAGGUGAAGUGCAGCCGACACAAAGUGUGCAUCUCCCAGGGCCAGCUGAGGGCCAUAUGCAUCAGUCGCAAGAAACUACAGCACAGAAUCAAGCAGUCUUCCCUGGGGCAUGUGGAGAGCACCUGCAAGCCAUGCCAAGCAGAUCAGAUGGCCCCUGUGUGCGGUUCAGAUGGUCACACCUACUCAUCGCAGUGUAAGCUGGAACUACAGGUAUGUCUGACUGGGAAACAGCUCAGCCAGCAGUGUGAAGGCAAAUGCCCAUGUCCAACAGAGCACGCUCCAACCUCUGACCCUGCGAGCAAGUCAGCUGGCUGCACCGGUCAGGAUCUAGCAGAUCUUGGCGAUCGACUCAGGGACUGGUUUCAGCUGCUGCGUGAAAAUGCGAAACAGAACAGUUCAGGGAGUUCUGGGGCCAGUGCGUCCAGCGUGUUGGAUAAGAAUAUGGUGGCUAGCUGCAGGGACUCAGUCGGUUGGAUGUUUUCCAAGCUGGAUACAGACACGGACCUGUUCCUGGAUGAGGCAGAGCUUGCAGCCAUCAACCUGGACAAAUACGAGGUCUGCGUGAGGCCCUUCUUCAACUCCUGCGACACCUACAGAGACGGACAUGUUUCCAUGGCUGAAUGGUGCUUCUGCUUCUGGAGGGAAAAGCCCCCCUGCCUGGCUGAGCUCGAGAAGAUCCAACUGCAAGAGGCAGUGCGCAAAGUGCCUGGUACCUUCAUUCCCAGUUGCGAUGAGGAUGGUUACUACAGGAAUCUGCAAUGUGAUACUUAUUCUGGCGAGUGCUGGUGUGUUGACCAGCAAGGCAGUGAGGUGACAGGGACCCGGGUUAAAGGAAACCGUGACUGUGAAGAUGUGAUCAGUUUCUCCGGUGAUUUUGGCAGCGGAGUCGGCUGGGAGGAUGAGGAAGAGAAAGAGGCUGAAGAGACUGCGGAAGAAACAGAGGAAGAAGGUGAAGUUGGAGAGACCGAUGACAGAGGUUACAUUUGGUAACACAGCACCAGCUGUCCUAUAAGCACUGCUAACCACUUGGCACAUGUUUUCCAUCCUUCAUGAGCAACUUUCACUCCUUCUGAUUAACUCAUCCUCUGUCCUACAGUGUACACUACCAGUUCCCAAUGACCACCUUGGCACCAGUGAGUGACACUGGUCACUGCACAGUUGCAUAUUACUUUAUCAUGUUUGACACUAAGGGGCAUAGAACGUUACCACCAAUGAAUGGCUAGACUCCCAAGCGAUAUCGCUGACCCGGACAAAUGUACAAUUACAAUUUUCAAAAUCCAGGAUGUAGCGCAAUCAAUCCAGAGAGAGUGAGAGGCAUGAGGGACUCAUUUCUGUAGGCAAAAGUUGAAUAUCAAUAUCGUGAAAUAGAGAGGGAAGAGACAGCUGCUUCAUUCUAAAGUAAUAUGUGUGAAGGUUAUGGUGUACAAUGUCAGCUCCUCACCCCCACUGACCCUUCACCCACUGACCCUUCACCCACUGACCCUUCACCCACUGACCCUUCACCCA